UAUUUGGACACUUCUGAUGAGAACAAGUGCAACUGGAUGAUGUUUGUACGACCAGCAAGUAGAUUUUCCCAGCAGAACACAGCAGCAUUUGUUAAUAAUGGACAAAUCUUUUUUGUAACUUGCAAGGUUAAAGGAGACUUUUAUUAGUUUUUAUAUAACUUUAAGAUGGCAAUAAAUAUUUUUUGUAUCAUUAGAAUCAUCUAAUUUGUGGUUUGGAAUUAAAAAUACUUAUUUAAAACAUUUUUUUGGGGUGAUGACAAAAAGGGCUCUCUUCAAAAAAUUAUCUAUUUAAAAGAUAAUGCCACAUUUGUUUUUCAAUUGGGAGGCGUUUAUUCACAGCUGGCUGUGUACAAAGCUCAGCAGUAUUGCCAGUCAAUAAAGGUUUACUACUGCUAGCAAUUAAAAAACCAAAAAAAAACAGAAUGUACCAGUAGUGAAAUUAUGGGCCAUAUUGAAUCUAUAAUUUUUUAACAGACUUUAUUUUGAUAGCACUGUUAUUAUUUUUGCUUUUAUCUUAUCUUCUAAGAAGAUGAUUACGUCCUAAUUAACACAUAUCCAUGGUUGUUUAAGUCUAGUCCUGCAUUCCGAUUAAGUUUUUAAAUGGCUGGUAAUAACGCUCAAUGUUAUUUCCAGCCGACUGCUUAUAACGCCCAGCGUUAUUCCCAGCCGAUAAAUGGUUCAUAAGCAUGAUUUUAGGCGACUGGGAAUGAUGCUCAGCAUUAUUCCCAGCCGACUGAAAAUAACCACUCUGUUUUUAGUUCAUAUAUUGUUAUUAAAAUUCAAUUGGUCCAAGCAUCAUUUGAAGACUAAUGAAAUGUCCGAUCUGGAAUUCAGAUUAUGAAAGCAAAUAGCCAUGAAUCUAAGUGGUCUGAUGCUAAAGAAGUUUAAUGUAGUGUUGUUUGAACUAAAUGUAUUAUGUUUGUUUAUAGAAUGUGCCGGCUGGAGCAGAACUACGUGUGUGGUAUGCAGCUGCUUAUGCUAAAGCCAUUGGUAAAAGCAAUCUUACCCCUGUCGCCUCUGACAAGUUAUCCAUUAUAUCUAAUGAAGGUGAAAUCUGCUUUUUGAUGUUUUGUUUAUAGAAGAGUAUAACAGAUGUAAAAUAUGUAAAUUUAAUUGUGUAGCUUAUGAGUAUGAGAUUUUGAAAAUUUACCCCCAACAAUUUAUUUAUAUUUAAUCAAUUUACAGCCAAUUUUCUUUUUGAUUUAUUUAAUGAUAAAAUAUUGAACAAUAAGAUAUUAUUUUAUAGAAAAUAAAACUAAUGUUUGUCUCGAUAUUGUUGCGAGCAAGUAUUUGAAUAUUGCUUUAUAAAUUAUUACCAUUUAUAUUCUUUCUAAAGCUUACUUUUCUUGGAAAAAUUUCAGGGGAAUUUCAGGGGAAUAAGUGAGUUGCUCGGUCUAUGAGUGGGUCUUAGGAGAUAAUUGAUAAUGCUCUACAAAUUCAUAGAAUAAUGAAAUUGUUGUUGUAAAUCGCCAAGUUUACCGUACUUAAAAUACUAAUAAAUAAUAUUACACAGCUGCAUUAUUUAUAUGAUUAGUUUCUUCUUGAAAUAAAAUAUUUUUUUAACCAGUACAUUAUCGCUGACGUCAAUGGGACCACCCACUUUCAGUUACCAAGGACGUCACAUUGUCGUCAUUACAAAGAGGCAAAGAACUAUUCUGAAAUGCCAAGGACAUCAAGUCAACGUCAUAUUUCAAUGCUAUAUAUUUCUUAAUUUGUAAAUUUAUUGAGAAGUCCAUAAGCAAAUCGGAUAGAGAAUGAACAAAUACAGAAAGUUUCAUCUUCAAAGUUCUUUAAUUGCUGAGUCAGCAAAAAUUGAUGCCCCCCCAAAACCAGCAGUAAUGAAAGGGUUAAUGUCAUGUUUAACCCAUGAACUGUGGUCGGCCGAAAAAAUGGGUAGACUUUCUCGUUCUGUACUGUGGCAGCCGAUAAAAAAACACGGUCCGAUAGCAACUUCCAAUCUUCCAAUCCAAUAUUUAACCGGAAUUAUAGCCACACCCUUUUAUUAAUAAUUAAACCAUCUUCCAGUUCAAGCUGUUUCGUGAUAACUUGAAAAUAAGUACUUUUUAAUCAGAGUUUUAUAUCGCUGUUUUUUUAAAAGCUAAAAUGGUUGAAGCCAUGGCUGGGCCUUCAGUGCAAGAACUAAUAGAAAUAUGUUUGAAAGCUAUGGCUGAGCCUUCAGUGCAAGAACUAAUAGAAAUAUGUUUGAAAGCUAUAGCUGAGCCUUCAGUGCAAGAACUAAUAGAAAUAUGUUUGAAAGCUUUUUAGGAGAGUGAUACUGAUGAUGAUUUUAACAUUCCCCAUGACGAUAUCAGUUGAGAUUAUUCUUCUUGUGAUUUUAUACUAGUCUUAGUGAUACUGAAGUAGGCCUACUGAGGCUACUGUUAGACUUUGAGCCAGGCCUGGAGGUUGGGCAAGGACUAACUGAAUUUUAGUCACAGAAGCUACAGAUUAUAGUUCAGAACUAAUAAGAUUAUAGUUCAGAACUAAUAAAUUUUAUAGUUAAACAACCCAAAUCAGUUCCACAGUUCCUUUUUAAAUGUUUACUAGUCACUAAUAACUAUUUUGCCUGAGAUUUCGUAUUUUGUACUUGGUUUUAGCAGUGGUCCCAGUUUCUUAUAUAAAUGACCUAAAAUUACUAAAAUUGCUUUCAGAGGUUUAAUUGCAAUCAAAACCUUAGCAAACUAUACAUUUUCUGAAAGAUAAGGGAAUUGGCUACAACAUUUAGAUUUUUGUUUUAAGUGUAUCUAUAAAAAUUAAUGAUGUUAUGAGCAAUUGAAAGCAAGACAUUUCGUCAAUUUUUUUUUUGUUGAGAGCUCCAAGGUCAAGGACACUGAGCAAAAUUUUUUUACGGGGUGGGCAAUAUGGCCAACUUUAUCCCCAUCCAAUUACCUUUCUAAAAAUAAAUAAUUAUAGGGGUCUUGUAUCAAUAUUUCUAUGUCAUUUAAUGCAAUUUCAAAAUGCACUCAAAACGCUCUGAAAGGCUCCACACCACAGAAUGAUGCAAGCCACAGUUCUUGGGUUAACACAUUUUUAUCUCUAAAACAUGUUUAAUUUAUAUUCAUCUGCCAUUGUUUACCACAUAAUAUAAAUCAAAGAUACCUGAAGUAGAUGGUGCCACUAAGCAGUCAUUUUAAGCACCAGCAUAAUGGCAUCUCAGAUAUUUUUGGUACAGUGUUGCUUACUUUGGCAUAUUACAUUAUGGGGUCGACUUAUUAGUGGGCUGUACACUUUCCAGGUCUUUCCCAUCCAAAGCUAGGAGCAUCAGCUUAUGAACAAACUGGCUUUAGGGACAGUGUCUACUGUAAGCACUUAAAGAUUUUGCUAAAUUUUUAAAAACUCAGGUUUGUAUAUUACAUAGACCAAUAAUGAAAUGUCAAAAUUAUGUUUAUUUAUAGGAAAGGACAUGCCCCUGAAUGAAGUGCCUGCAUGUGAAAAAAAUGCUACGAAACAAAAUGACAACCUAGGAUUUACUGUACAAAGUAGUACGGCUAACAAUGAAAUAUCAGACAUAGCUACAAUUCCUGAGAGUCUGACCUCUAAAAAUGAUAACCCACCGCCUGUUCUCCUUGAAAAAGAAACGAUGACACCAAUUUUAACCAGAGAUGUCAGCAAUGGUUACACCUGCAAUGUAUGCUCUAUGUCAUUUGUCCGACCACGCCAGCUGGAUUCUCAUGUGUGCAAAGAGUUGGGAGAUGCGGACGAGGAUGGCUCAAUCUCUGGCACCAGGCGCAGAAAAGGGAAGCCUAGAAAAUUUUUAGAAAACGUAGACAACGGAGCUUACAUUCAGGUCCUGAAAGUAGACAGCGGAGUUGAUCAGGAAAUGAAUUUGAACCUGCCUAGGGCCGACAUCAUCAACUAUAACGUUGAAGACAAUGACCCCGUUGGAGAGUCACCCGUACCAACUAAUGAUAUCAACACUCUGCCGUUCUCUGGUUUGACUGUAACUGGGGCUGAAUCCAAUGGGGGCACCAGACAAAAAACUUUGUCUAAAUGCAAGCGUGGCCCUGGGAGGCCAAAGGGCAGUAAGAACAAAGCCUGCAAUAUAUUGAAGUCAAAAAAAGAAAACGUAAAGCGUCCAGUGCACUUGUGCCAGUUUUGUGAGAAAACUUUCACUAGUGAAGAACAGCACCUCAUUCACCUGGCUUCCCACUCAAGCUCCUCACCAUUCCUCUGUACAUUUGAAGGCUGUAAUAAAUCCUUUGCCAAUAAGUUCAAGUACAAAAGACAUAAAAUAGUCCAUGACAAACCCAAUAACUUCCAGUAAGUAUCCAUCAAAUAAAAUAGUCCACGACAAACCCAAUAACUUCCAGUAAGUAUCCAUCAAAUAAAAUAGUCCACGACAAACCCAAUAACUUCCAGUAAGUAUCUAUCAAGCAAGCUUUUUUAAACUAUAUCUAGAGUCUAUUCAAUUUUUAGUUCAUCAGUCUUAUAUUUAAGUUUAAAUAUGAUUGCCUUAAAAAUUGUAAUUGUUUUUUUAAAGUAUUAUUUUAAAUCCCUUAAAAACAACAUUUAAAAUUUGUUAUCUUUCAUAGGUCUAAGUCACAAAAAUCAAAUUAAUAAAUUAUAAUACUCCUUUUAAUUUGAAACAUUAUCUCUUUCAUCAUAGUUUUCCUUUUUUAAUUUUCAUUUCAAAAUCAUUUCCUUGUGUAGGUGUAAAUUCUGCCCAAGCAAGUUUAACCGCAUCGAUCACCUUCAGAAUCAUCUACCUGUUCAUGAUAGUAAUAGGAAAACCUUCACCUGUGAGACAUGUGGCAAGUGUUACCUGUCCAAGUAA